AUGCUGAUGGGCGACCUGAUGGACGCGUACAGCGGCGUGGUCGUGCCGAGCCUACCGAGUUUCUGCAACGUGGUGGACUACAUCGAGGCGCAGGACGCGGCAGCGACGGAAGCGUACUGGCGGUCGUACUUGGGCGGGGCAGUGCCGACACCGAUCGGGAUCAUGCGUCCGCUGAUCAGCACGGUGCCCUGCCGCGUCCGCUUCGACGACGCGUGGACGUUGUCAUCGCAGCUCAAGUGUGUGCUGACGGACCGCGUGGCGACGAUGGAGCACUCGCACGCGAGCCUGACGGAUGUCAAGCGAUGGAGCGGCAUCGAGGGCGACUUGUUCGACACGUUGCUGGUGUAUCAGAACUUGCCGGGAACGAAGGACGACGCUUUGGUAACGGACUACGAAGAAGUGCGUGUGGAACACGGGGUGCAAGCAUCCAUGGAGUACGCGUUUGAGCUCAUGAUUGCGCCGACGGGGAGCGCGGCGCGCCGACUCGCAACGCUCCUGGACACUCCGCUCCGACAAUGA